CUCAGACUUUUGGUGAAGGUUGCCUUUGGCCAGAUAGUUCUAGUCAUUCAGAAAAUAGAACCACUGGUGAGGAGCGACAGAGAGACAAUGAAGCAAUUCAGCAAAAAGAGGAAGCGUAACGUAGAUUCAAAGGACCCUCCGACUCAGGAGAGAGGCAAGGAACAAGCCAAAGAUGACAAGAAACCGAAGAAUGGCAUGACCACUUCUUUUUAUGUAAGUUUAGCUGCUGGAAAGGGGACUUGGUCUUGGGAUCAGUAUUUAAAGGAACAGAAUGCUGUAGCGGCCCCUGCUCAACUCUUUUCUAGGGAUCAGUCCUUUCCCGAGCAUGAAAAUGGUUUUCAAAUUGGAAUGAGAUUAGAAGGCAUUGACCCCCAGGAUCCAUCAAAAUUCUUUAUGCUCUCUGUAGCUGAGGUAUGUGGUUAUCGCCUAAGACUUCACUUUGACGGCUAUUUAAGCUGCUAUGAUUUUUGGACCAAUGCAGGUUCCCCUGAUAUUCACCCAGUGGGGUGGUGUGAAAAGACCAAACGUGAAUUGCACGUCCCUAAGGGUUAUAGAAAGGACAAGGUUGCUUGUGUGGACAACUUAAAGACCUCCAAAUUACAAAAUGCUCCCAAGAAAUUGUUCCAGAGUAGAAAUGAUAUUGGAACUGCAACAGAAGAAUUUCAGGUAGGAAUGAAGCUUGAAGCAGUGGACAGGAAGAACCCUUCCUUGGUGUGUGUAGCCACCAUCGCAGAUAUUGUUGAAGAUCGCCUUCUUGUACACUUUGACAACUGGGAUGAUAGCUAUGAUUAUUGGUGUGACAUUUAUAGUCCUUUUAUUCAACCAGUUGGAUGGUGUCAGAAAAAUGGAAGAACUCUGAUAGCACCUCAAGGUCAUCCUGAUCCAGAAAAUUUUUCUUGGCCAGACUACUUGAAAGCUACUCAGUCUUCUACAGUUCCGGUGAAAGCUUUUAAGAUGCGAAAGCCUCAUGGAUUCCUAGUGAAUAUGAAACUUGAAGCAGUAGAUAAACGCAAUCCUAGUUUAAUUCGUGUUGCCACCAUUGUAGAUGUAGAAGACCAAAGAAUAAAGGUCCACUUUGAUGGCUGGAGCGACAAGUAUGACUACUGGAUGGAUGUCGAUAGCCCUGACAUUCACCCAAUAGGAUGGUGCAAUAUGACAGGUCACCCACUAGAAGUGCCAUAUCGAGAAAGAGAUGAGAAAACCAUUCCAGGCCAAGCUGUUUGUCCCACUCCAGGAUGCCGAGGUGUGGGCCACAUCAGGGGUCCAAGCUAUAUGGGACAUCACAGUUCAUAUUGUGUCUACACAAUAUUAAACUUAAAAAGGGUCACUACUCUUAAUAACUACAGAGAGCAGAGCCAGAAGAACAUUGUACACAGAGACUGAUACUCUGAGAGCAAAAGCCUCUGUUGCAUCCUUGCAUUACAUGAUAAUGAACCUAGAUUUUAUUUCUGUUCUUUGCCCAGACUUGUACAGCAGGCAAAGUGUCUGAAAAUCAAAGGAAAAGAAGAUAUUGACUUGGAUAAUUUGUUCAGAGAAUACUCUACGGAAAGUACAGAGCAGGCCCUCCACCAAUCAGUCUUCUUGUCUGCCAUGUCAACCCACCCUUCCCGGGACCUUCCUCUCUGCAGGGAACAACAUUGCAAGCUUCUUCCAGGGGUGGCUGAUAUCCAGGCUAGUGAAGUAGCCAAAUGGACCGUUGAUGAGGUGGCAAAUUUUGUACAAAGCCUUCCAGGCUGUGAAGAUCAUUCCAGAUACUUCAAGAAAGAGCAGAUUGAUGGCAAAGCCUUUCUGCUUCUGACCCAGACAGACAUAGUCAAAGUGAUGCGCAUUAAACUUGGCCCAGCAUUGAAGAUUUAUAAUUCCAUCCUGAUGUUCAAGAAUGCUCAGGACCUUGAAGAAACAGAUUCUGCCUCUAGCAAGGUCAUCAGGGAAUAGAUGCACCACACUCUUCUGGACAUGUUGAACUUAGGUUAUUCAAGCAAUAAAAUCUGGAAUACUUUCAUUUGAUUUUUCAUGUUUUACCUGGUGAUGUCCAUAUUGAAAAAUGUUUAGUGUGUAAGUUUUAUACGUUAAAAAGAUUUUGGUGAUGAAGUGUCAAGAACUCAGAAAGCUUUACACACAUGCAAGCAUCCGUCAACAUUGUUAUUCUUUGGCAAAGUCUUGUCACAUCAGACAAACCAAAGAUAUCCACAUUUAUAUUCUUUCCCUAGAUUCUAUUAAAGAAUCCAUUUCCCCUCUACCAGGCAUAAAACCCUCAAGUGGUGAAAUAUUAGAAAAACAGUGUUCAUAAAUACACUGUUAAUGUUUUCACCAGAACAUCCGAGCUUGGCUCAGAUUUGCCAUCUGGACUGUAAUGAGUCUGCAAGAGACACAUGGAAGGAAGAAACAAAGACCUGGUGCUUUAAAAAGAUGUCUUGUGAGAUUUUUGUGUACUUUACUCAGGAAAGUGUGAAUGCUUUAAAAAAAAAAAAGAAAGAAAAGAAAAGCACAUGUUUUCAUGAUUCAUUAAUUUUCUUUUUUUGUCCAAGUAAUCAUUUAUUGGUUGCACACUAAAGAUUUCUUCAGACUUUAGAAGGGGGAUGUCAUGGUGUAAUAUUACACAAAUAAGGCCUAGGCAUUUUAAAAUGAAACCCUCAUCUGCCUGGCUGACAGUCAUCCAUUCCCUUAGUAUUUUAAAUAAUAUAACAUUGGGAUCUGUUUAUAACACUGUUGUUGGCUGACAACCUGCCUUUAUAGAUGAACUAUAUUAUGUCAGGCUUCUGCUCUGCGGAAUUGAGCACGUUCAGGGAACGGGACUUGUCCUGUUUUAUGUGUAAUCUGUGCAAUCAAAAGCUGUGUUAUUAUGGGUGAUGAGCCCAUUUUAUUUCUUAAAGCUAGAGAUGUGUCAUCAUACAAGAAUGAUGAGAGGGAGGGGACUUGAAAAGAUUUGUCUCCCUCAUUUAAGUGUUUUGUAAGCUGAUGUUUUCCUCCAAGUGAUUAUACCUGAAGCCAAAAUCCUAUGGGAUUCUCCAUAAUUGGCACUUUUCUGCUGGGCACAGCCACCAGGGAAUGGAGAAUACACUCACCUUAAUAAAGGUAUUCCAGGAUAUUUUGUGGGAGGGGAAUGACAAAGAUAUUGGCAGAAAAAAUGAUAAAGUUCCCCUAUUACCUCAAUACUUAUGCCUAGCUUUAUGCUUUUUCUAAUAUUGUGUCUAUUUGGAUAGAAGUGUCAAUACCAGUUUCCUUGAAGAAAAACAUCAUCUCUCUAAGUACAGUAUAUAUGCAUUUAUGUUUCCUUGGAAGUCUUUGAUUUAGAUAGAAAUUUAAUAUAUUAUUGUUUGAUGUAAAUUUCCAUUUCUGUGAUUUUAUCAAAUCUUUCUAUGGGUAAAUGAAACCCCUGCUUUUACUGUAUUAAUAUUUUAAUAUAUUUUAAAUGCUA